UUCAAGCCUUAGCGCUCCGGGAAGCCGGCGCGUCUCGGAGGUGGCGACGGCGGUGGCGACGGCCGCCUGCCCGGGUUCCCCGCACCCACAGUGCUGCGUCCCGCUCGCCGCGCCCCGGUGGCCGUGACCUUCCAACGGGCGCUUACCUCGGCCCCAAGCCCCGGUCCCUCGCCCCAGGCCAGGGCGAGGCCCUUUCCAGCGCCCGCUUCCCGUGGAGCCGCAGGCGGGCGCGCAGGCCCGGGGAGAGGGUCACGGCGAGCCGAUACCGCUAGUCCUUGCACUCGCUCGCUGCGCUCGGCACCGGGGCCCGCUGAACUGCCUCCUGCCUCGCUGCUGCUCCUAAGUCGGGGCGCCUGAAGCCGGGGGCGCGGCCGCAUUCGCCUCGCCGGGCGGGUUGCAGGCAGGCCCUGCCCUGAAGGGACUAAGCGGCCAGGAGCGCGGGAGGUGGAGCUGCUAGGGCGGGCGGCCGCUCAGCGUUUCUUCCUGGGCUUGGUUCCGGGGACCCAACCCAGGGCAGCCCCAGUCCCUUGCCCAUGCGAGUCGCUCGGGGCUUGGUAGAGACCUGGAGUGAAACAGCUCCAGGAGGAGGAGAAAGAGGGGAUUAGUGCUUAGUGGGGCUACGGACCUUUGCUGUAGCAUUUGGAGCCUAAGGCUGCCCCGAAGUCUGCGCUUGGGAACGACGGUUGGUUUAGAACAGCACCUGCUGGGAUGCCGAUCAGGACCCCCUCCAUUUCGUAGGCGUCAGUGUCACCACGCCAUUCAGCUCUUCCGGAGUGUUCCUCUGCUUGGGGGUAGUCGAGGCCAAGGUAGCCUCUCUGGGCUGGGGCCCAGUCUGAGACUGAAUGCCAAGGGCUGUGACCACAAAGAAAUACAAAGAAUUCCUGAAAAGAGAAAUCUUCUUUGGUGAGAAAGUAUUAUGAGGGAUGCUGAGGACUUCAUGCUUUGGAAAGAGACACAGCUCUGGAAUUAGAAAUUGCCACUUCUGAAAGGAUGCUGGGAAUCUGCAGAGGGAGACGGAAAUUCUUGGCUGCCUCUUUGACUUUGCUCUGCAUCCCAGCCAUCACCUGGAUUUACUUGUUUGCUGGGAGCUUUGAAGAUGGGAAGCCUGUGUCUCUGUCUCCCCUGGAGUCCCAAGCACACAGUCCCAGGUACACUGCCUCCAGCCAGCGAGAGCGGGAGAGCCUGGAGGUUCGUGUGCGAGAGGUGGAAGAGGAAAACCGUUCUCUGCGCAGGCAGCUCAGCCUGGCCCAGGGUCAGGGCCCUGCUCACCGUCGUGGGAACCACUCCAAGACCUACUCCAUGGAAGAGGGAACAGGGGACAGUGAGAAUCUGCGGGCUGGCAUCGUGGCAGGCAACAGCUCUGAAUGUGGGCAGCAGCCAGCUGUGGAGAAGUGUGAGACCAUCCAUGUGGCCAUUGUCUGUGCCGGAUACAACGCCAGCAGGGAUGUUGUUACCCUGGUCAAGUCAGUCCUCUUUCACAGGCGGAACCCUUUGCACUUCCACCUCAUCGCUGAUUCUAUUGCGGAGCAGAUCCUGGCUACGCUUUUCCAGACCUGGAUGGUACCUGCUGUGCGUGUGGACUUCUAUAAUGCUGAUGAGCUCAAGUCUGAAGUGUCCUGGAUCCCCAACAAACAUUACUCUGGGAUUUAUGGCCUGAUGAAGCUGGUUCUGACCAAGACUCUACCUGCCAACCUGGAGAGAGUCAUUGUCCUAGACACUGACAUUACCUUUGCAACUGACAUUGCAGAGCUAUGGGCCGUGUUCCAUAAGUUCAAAGGGCAACAGGUCCUGGGCUUGGUAGAGAACCAGAGUGACUGGUAUCUUGGAAAUCUCUGGAAAAAUCACCGUCCAUGGCCAGCCCUUGGAAGGGGCUACAACACAGGAGUGAUACUACUGCUUCUGGAUAAGCUGCGCAAGAUGAAAUGGGAACAGAUGUGGAGGCUGACAGCUGAGAGGGAACUCAUGGGCAUGCUGUCUACCUCCUUAGCUGACCAGGAUAUUUUCAAUGCUGUCAUCAAACAAAACCCUUUCCUGGUGUAUCAGCUCCCCUGCUUCUGGAAUGUACAGCUAUCAGACCACACUCGCUCUGAGCAGUGCUACAGAGAUGUGUCUGAUUUAAAGGUCAUCCACUGGAACUCCCCUAAAAAGCUCCGUGUGAAGAACAAACAUGUGGAAUUCUUCCGCAACCUCUACCUGACUUUCCUGGAGUAUGAUGGCAACCUCCUACGGCGGGAGCUGUUUGGCUGCCCCAGCGAGACUGAUGUCAACAGUGAAAAUCUUCAGAAGCAGUUGUCAGAGCUGGAUGAGGAUGACUUGUGUUAUGAGUUCCGGCGAGAACGCUUCACUGUCCACCGAACCCACCUGUACUUUCUGCACUAUGAGUUCGAGCCUGCUGCUGACAACACGGACGUUACCCUGGUUGCUCAGCUCUCCAUGGACAGACUCCAGAUGCUAGAAGCCAUCUGUAAGCACUGGGAGGGGCCCAUCAGCUUGGCCCUCUACCUGUCCGACGCCGAAGCUCAGCAGUUCCUCCGCUACGCCCAGGGAUCCGAGGUGCUCAUGAGCCGCCACAAUGUGGGCUACCACAUUGUGUACAAGGAGGGUCAGUUCUAUCCUGUCAACCUCCUACGCAACGUGGCUAUGAAGCACAUCAGCACACCCUACAUGUUCCUAUCUGACAUUGACUUCCUGCCCAUGUAUGGGCUCUAUGAGUACCUCAGGAAGUCUGUCAUCCAGCUUGACCUUGCCAACACCAAGAAAGCAAUGAUUGUCCCUGCAUUUGAGACACUGCGCUACCGACUCUCUUUCCCCAAGUCAAAAGCAGAGCUGCUGUCAAUGUUGGACAUGGGGACUCUAUUCACAUUCAGGUACCAUGUCUGGACUAAAGGCCACGCACCCACAAACUUUGCCAAGUGGCGGACUGCCACCAUGCCUUACCAGGUUGAGUGGGAGGCUGAUUUUGAGCCGUAUGUUGUUGUGAGACGAGACUGCCCUGAGUACGAUCGGAGAUUUGUGGGCUUCGGCUGGAACAAAGUGGCUCACAUCAUGGAAUUGGAUGCACAAGAGUAUGAGUUCACCGUGUUACCCAAUGCCUACAUGAUCCACAUGCCCCAUGCCCCCAGUUUCGACAUCACUAAGUUCCGUUCCAACAAGCAAUACCGCAUCUGUCUCAAAACCCUGAAGGAAGAGUUUCAACAGGACAUGUCCCGACGCUAUGGCUUUGCUGCCCUGAAAUAUCUCACGGCUGAGAACAACAGCUAGCACUUUGAAGGCCACUACUAGGGAGAGACAUGCUACAGGGGAAGAACUACUUGCUGCCUGGGGCCCAGCCUUUGAAGACAAAAUGCAUCACUGCUUUUCUUUGGUUUGUUUCCCUUUAUCUCUUUGGCCCCACAAAGCUGCUCUUGUCUGAGAUCUUGGACAGGGACCCAGCCCACCACCAUGAGGUGCUUCCAGAAGGAUGGAAGCAAAUGAAGAGUUAUCAAAUUACCACAAAGCCACAGACCAAGUCAGGGUUUCUGGAUGCUCUCCCUGCUUUUUAAUAAUUAUGGUUCAGAUCCUAGCUCUGGAAAAAGAAUAGGACAUGGGUGCUGUUCUAGGGGUUAAUCACUCCAAGAAAUGAGAGCAAGCUAUUUCUUCAUAGGAAGAGAAUUUUAUUUCUCCUGCCACUUAGCUAGGUACCCAAGUGGAGAGCAAUCCAAGGACCCAAACAACCAUCUGGAGACCUGCAUGGGGACAUCACAUAUGCAGGGACCUGGAAGUAGGGUGAAUUGGUUCUUUAUUCUCGAAGUCUUUCUUGUUUUAUUUUGAGUUGUUUGAAUUUGGGGGGUUUUAUUCAUUUUGAUCUAGGAUUCCAAACUUAAAAAAAUAUCUAAUCCUUAAAGCUCUAAGAGAAAAAUCAGCUCCCUCAACCAACAUCCCUCAGUCAGCAGUGGCCCAGCAAAGAUGAGCAUCCUCAGAGAAUGUUCAUAUAUGGGAGCUUCCUUCAUGAUGAACACAGAGACCUCCUGAUACUGAGUUCCCACUCUCCAGAUCCAGGACUAUGACAGAGACUAUGGACACAGAAGGCCAAACACCAUAUGCAAGUCACAUCUUCUAUGGACAGUGACCAAGUCACAAUGAAAGGGUUUCAAGGAACUACUUCAGUCCUCAUAAAAGCUAUGAUUCCCCUCUCAGGCCUUUAGAAGAACUUGAACAGUUCACAGAAGCCCAAUCUGAAGACUCAUGUGACCACAUGGAAGCCACUAGAAGAAAGGGGUCAGGCACCUCCCUGUUGGAAACAGGGGAGUUGGUGACCUUAGUUUCCCCUCAGGACUUGUUCUGGGGUUGGUAAGCACCUCUUCAUUUUGCAGAUGGAGAAAACACUGAACUUUUUACACAUUUUCUUUAUUCUUCACUAUUAAUGUUGUGUUUACAUUGAUGAGAACAAGAGUUAAUGGCCUACCCACUGCUGGGCUGUUUGUAUUGAGUUGCCAUGUGACCAGCGAAAGCUGCAUUCAAUAAACGAAAGUACAGACUGUUUCUUCCUCA